AUCACUGAGCCGUGCAUGCGGGGACGAAUCGUGGAUCUAUCCCAUUGGCUAGCUAGCCCGAACAGCCAUAUUCCCAUUGGCUGUAAGGGCUGUAAAUGGAAUCAGAUUGAGUCAUUCAGGGUGUGCACUUUGCAGAGAUGCAUUCAGAGAACGGAGUGUACUUCAGGGAAACCGACACGCCCUGUCUUCUAUCAAUUUAAAAGAGGAAUCAAAGGGGUAGACCAACGCACUUGUGGUUCACACCGCCGACGACUGUUGGACCAUUUCAUUCAGAGAGCCCACACCAAAUAUCAGCUGGUAUCCCUUCUACAGCCUGUGAUGAUGUCAUCACAUCACUCACACGGUGGCUGUCCAUUGGCUCUUGUCAUUCUGCUUCUCUUGUCCAUGGAUCCUACAGCCACUGAGGUGGUGACCGAAGUCAGCAACUGUACUGAAUUCUUCCUAGAUGGAACCCCACCAGAAAUACCAGGAGUCCUGCAGCACGGAAUCAUUCAGGACCAGAAUCGUUACAAGCCCAUUUGCCAAACAUUCUAUAAUACCACGAGGUUCAUGACGCUCUAUGACACAGACAAGAAGAUCCCAGUGUUUUCUGCAUAUAGAUACACAGGGCACACAGUGGACAGACCCAGUGCCAUAUGGAAGGGGGAGCCACAGGUAAUUUAA